AUGAACUCUCUAUACAACCAUGGUAUAAAACAAAAAAAUCAGCUUAGUAAGGAGUUGGUGGAGUUUGAGAAGAAUUUAGCAAGUUCUCCUCUUUCUCUUCAAGGUUCAAUCAGUACUACCUUAACCGCAUUCCGAAAGACUAUAGACGAUUUUCGUCAAUUGGUCAAACAGAAUAGUGCAGAUGAUUCCAAUAUGAAGAACGAGCAACGGUUGGAGCUGUUUACUCAAGAAUUGAGGGCAUAUACACAGAAAUUCAAUGAUUUGAAACGUCAAAGAGAAGCGAUACUCCAUGAAUCAAAUAGACUGGAGUUAUUAGGACGAAGGCAUCACAAUAUUUCCAUGGCAGCAGAUAAUCCAUAUGAACAACAGCAAACUUCAGUACAACAAUAUCAACAGGAGCGAGAUCAGAUGUCAUUCCAUGACGGGUUACUUAAUGAAAGUCUGUCAUUAAAGAGAGGAACACAACAACUUGAUCUCAUCUUGGAAAUGGGUCAAUCAGCGUUUGAUGACAUUGUGGAUCAAAACGAAACUUUAAGACGAUUAGGGUCCAAAUUUGAAGAUAGUUUGGUGACGUUAGGGGUCAGUCGUACUACAAUUAAAAGGAUUGAAAAGAGAGCUCGUCAAGAUAAAUGGCUUUUCUGGGGCAGUUUUGUGCUCAUGCUUGUUAUUUUCUAUUACAUAUUGAAAUGGUUUCGGUAA